UGUUCCAUUCGAUAAUCCAAUUCACAGGUAACAUGAUGCAAUGUUACGGCGGUUGUGUGCGUGAUGGUAGUCUCGUUUUCGUUGUGAAAUGUUCGGAAAUCAGGGAACUCUCGAUUUCUGGGGAAUUAUCCUCCCUGAACAUGCGCAGAUCCUUCGGCACUUUCAUUGAGCCUAUAUCAACGUUCAGGGGUCACCUUGACUCCAGUUUGCAAGACAGUUUUGAAGUUUGAAGCUGUUAUCAGUGAAAGAAAGUUGAUUUGUUUAUAAAAGAAGAAAAAUGUCGGGCGAAGCGACCAAAGAUGCGCUCCUUACCAAAAUUGCCGAUAAAAUACCUGUAAGCUCGGAUAGAGUGACCGUUGUUGGUUCAGGACAAGUGGGUAUGGCCGUAGCCUUCAGUUUAUUAACACAGAAUAUUUCAAAUGACAUCGUUUUAAUCGAUAUGGUCGAAGACAAAAUCAAGGGUGAAAUGUUAGAUUUACAACAUGGUUCCUUAUUCUUGAGAAAUGCUAAUAUUACCGCCAGCACAGAUUAUGCGGCCUCGGCAGGUUCAAAAAUAGUCGUUGUAACCGCCGGAGCCCGCCAAAACGAAGGCGAAUCUCGUCUGGACUUGGUGCAAAGAAACACCGACAUCAUGAAGUCCAUCAUCCCGCAACUGGUUCAAAAUUCGCCGAACUGCAUUUUGAUAAUCGUGAGCAACCCGUGCGACGUUUUGACCUACGUGGCAUGGAAACUAAGUGGCCUGCCCAAAAACAGGGUUUUCGGUUCUGGAACCAACUUGGACACUUCUAGGUUCAGAUUUUUGCUGUCCCAGAAGUUGGGAGUUUCCCCCAACAGCGUCCACGGGUGGGUCGUGGGAGAGCACGGAGAUACAAGUGUUCCCAUUUGGUCUGGAGUGAAUGUAGCAGGUGUCCGUCUUCGAGAAAUAAACCCAAACGUUGGAACCGACAGCGAUCCAGAAAAUUACAAGCAACUUCACAAAGAUGUUAUAAACAGCGCGUAUGAGGUUAUCAGGCUAAAGGGUUACACUAACUGGGCUGUGGGGCUCAGUGUUUCCAGUUUGUGUCAAAGUGUAUUAAAGAAUACCAAUAAUGUACAUGCUGUUUCAACAUCUUUGAAGGGCUAUCUCGGCAUAGAACACGACGUUUUUCUAUCAGUUCCUUGUAGUCUAGGACUAGGCGGUAUUAACAACGUGAUACAAUUAAUUCUGUCUGAAGAAGAGUUGGAUCAAAUGAGAAAAUCGGCGAAGACGAUGGCAGAUGUUCAAGAUGGAUUACGUUUACUAUAAGCUCUUAUUACUAGAAGUUUCUCAAUGAAUUACAUUUCUAUUCAUCAACUGAAAAUAUGAUUAAUAUGACAGUAUUCUUAUAGUUACAUUUUAUGAACUGCUUGUUCAAUUUUUAAGAAAAAUAAUUCCUAUUUAUUUUAAUCUAGGUUUUACAUAUUUUUUAGUAUUUUUUUAC